AUGAACGAUAUACAAAUACAAUAUCAAAAGUUUCACGAUCAAGAGUGGGAACUGAGAAGGAGAGAAGAUGAAAUUGAUGCUCUUAGGAGGGCUCUCUCCGGUGCACAACUUCAUAUCUUCGACGAAAGAGAACAUUCAAUGCAUUUGCAACAUCAAAAUGAUGCUCUCAAAAUUCAAGAAAUGGAGGACAGAAAGAAAAUAAGAGACUUGCUUGCACUCACACAACCAGUGACGCAGGAAGUGACCUAUUUUAAAGAUUGUCGUCCAGACCAAAUAACAAAAUAUGUCCUCAAUACAAAGACCAGUAAGGUCAAUAAUAACGAAUCGAAAAAAGAAAAUAUACAAAAUUAUUCUAAUAAGGAAACCUGUAUAGAAGAAUACAUUAAAAGCUCAAGCGACAACAGAGCCGCAAACAAUACUAAAUAUCAACAAGUUAAACCUAAAGUCUGUACAAAUACUAACUUUGCUCAACAGCAACAACCUUCAAGAAUUUUGAGAACAAUUAUUAUUCCAAAUGAAAAAACAGACACAUUAUUACUACAAGUGGAAUCUUUACAAGCUAAACUCGAUGAACAUCUCAAACUCUCAAGGGAAAAGGAAGAAUCCCUUAUGAAGGAACGAAUGAUAAUGAUUGAAGAGGAAGAAAAGAGAAGAGAGCGUGAUAAAGCAACAAUUCUCAAAUUACAAAGAGAUUAUGAAGAUUGUCACAAAAAACUCAAUAUCAGUAAUAGAGAAUAUUUCGUCACAACCCACAAUCUCAAAACUGAAAUCAGAAAACAAGGAGAAAAUAUUGAAAAACUCAAACAAGAGAAUAUUUUCCUUAGAAAACAAAUUGACAAACUGAAGGAGAGAUCUCAAGAAGAAGCCCAUCUUCUCAUUAGUAAUGCGAGAGAACAAACUGAAGAAUAUGCCAAAUAUUUCAGAGAGCAAACCAUCAUGAAAGAGAAUGAUAUCAUGCAUUUACAAGAUCAAUUGGCUGCCAAAAAGGAGGAGUACAAUCUCAAAACUAAAAAGAUGGAAAUGAAAAUGCAAAAACUCCACAAGAAAUACAAAGAGUUGGCAAAACGAAGAACUCUUGAUAUUGAAGGUUUCAACAAUGAUGUGUUACUGUUGAGGAGAAAACUAACUUCCCUCCAAAAGAAAAUAAAAAACCAGAAUCAAUAA